AUGUCCGUCUGGAAUCCGGACAAUAUCCGCGACGUCGCCGAGUCGGUCGGCAUUGCCAACCUCAACAACGACGUGGCGGACAAUCUCGCCCGCGAUGUCGAGUACCGCAUCGCGCAGGUGCUGGAGGAGGCGCUCAAGUUCAUGCGACACGGUCGACGCACCGUGCUGACGACCCAGGAUAUCUCGAAUGCUCUCCGGGUGCUGGACGUCGAGCCGCUGUACGGGUACGAGUCGACGCGGCCACUCCGCUUCGGAGAGGCUUCGUUGGGUCCAGGACAGCCCCUAUUCUAUGUCGAGGACGAGGAGGUCGAUUUUGAGAAGCUGAUCAAUGCCCCGCUGCCGAAGAUCCCGAGGGAGGUUACUUUUACUGCACACUGGCUAGCCGUCGAAGGCGUACAACCCUCCAUCCCGCAGAAUCCUACGUCGGCUGAGUCGCGCAAUCUUGAACUGGUGUCGAAGGGCCCGAAUGCGAACCCCACCUUGGCGGCGAUGAGCGGGAACCAGAACGUGGCCGUGAAGCCUUUGGUGAAGCACGUCCUGUCCAAGGAGUUACAGCUCUACUUUGAGAAAGUGUGCAACGCGUUUCUGGACGAGUCGAGCGAGGAAUACCGGACGUCGGCGUACUCCAGCCUGCGGGAGGACCCCGGCCUGCACCAGCUCGUGCCGUAUUUCGUGCAGUUUAUUUCCGAGAAGGUGACACACAGCUUGAAGGACAUCUUUGUCUUGAGUCAGGUGAUGCGCAUGACCGAGGCAUUGAUCCUGAACAAGUCCCUUUACGUGGAUCCAUAUGUUGCCUCCUUAGUCCCUCCAGUCCUGACGUGCCUCAUCGGACGCCAGCUCGGAGGCAAUGCUGACCUCUCUGAGCAGUUUGCACUACGGGACUUCGCGGCAUCGCUUAUCGGCCUGAUAGCUAAGAAGUACUCCCAUGCGUCUCAUACGCUCAAGCCAAGACUGGCACGGUCGUGUUUGAAGAACUUCUUGGAUCCGGCCAAACCAUUCGGGACGCACUACGGUGCUAUCAUUGGUCUGCAUGCUGUUGGAGGCCCCGACGUCGUGCGGGAGCUUAUCCUGCCGAAUCUGAAGCCGUACGAGAAGCUCUUGAGAGAUGCGAUUGCGGAAGACGGCCCACGACGGCCUGAGGCCGAGAAGGUCCUGGGUGCGCUGCUCGCCGUGCUGUCCACUUUACACGAGGGACGCGCGCAUAUGGCCAAUGGACACGCUGCCAUCGUCACGGACGAGCUGCGAGAGCAACUGAACGAGAAGGUUGGGGAGCUGAUCGCGGCGAAGAUUGCCGAGGCAGGCGACGUCCAAACGGCCCACGCCAUCCUUGGCCAUUAA